ACUAGCAGAAGAAACAGACAAUACAAAUCUCUCUUUUUCACACACAAGAAUCGUAAAUCAUGGCUGUUGAAUUGUUGGAGACCGUCAAAGAAGCCAUAACUGCAUACACCGGACUCUCUCCUAAUGCUUUCUUCACUGUAGUCGCUUCUGGUAUCGCCAUCUAUUACGUCUACUCCGUUUUAUUCGGAGGGUCCUCCGAUCAUCAUCCUCAACAUAGGCCGAGGUCUUUCGAAGAAGAUGUGCAGCCUCUUCCGCCACCGGUUCAGCUCGGCGAGAUUUCCGAGGAGGAGUUGAAGGCUUACGACGGCAACGACCCCCAAAAACCUCUUCUUAUGGCCAUCAAAGGUCAGAUCUACGAUGUCACGCAGAGCAGGAUGUUCUAUGGGCCAGGUGGACCAUAUGCACUGUUUGCAGGAAAAGAUGCUAGCAGAGCCCUUGCGAAAAUGUCAUUUGAAGAAAAAGAUUUGAACGGUGAUCUGACUGGUCUUGGUGCAUUCGAGCUUGAUGCGUUGCAGGACUGGGAAUAUAAGUUCAUGAGCAAGUAUGUCAAGGUUGGAUCCAUCAAGAACCCUGAAGCUGCACCAGAGCCAUCAACCACAGCUACAGCUGAACCUGCUCAUGGUUCAGGCGCCACAGAAGCUACAGAGGCCAAGGAAGAAACUGCAACUACAACUACAACUACAACUACAACGGAAGUCGGUAAAGAUGACUAGUUUAGGAUGGUUUAAUGAUUUUGAGCUUAUUGUACGUUGCGGUUGGGCUAUGACUCUUACGGUUAGGCGUUACUUAAUGAUUAAGAUAAUCGAACUUAUUCCAAAUUUAUCAUGUUUGAAUAAUGUGGAGUUUAUUUAAACCAAAGAGAUGGGCUU